AUGGCCAUUGCUCCAAUUACCGGUACUUUAAGAAAAAAAAUUAUAACGGAUAUCUCCGUUGGCUUCGGCAUUGGCUUCUUGCUGGCUGGUCUCUACUGGAGAUACGAGCACAUGCCUAUAGUCCAAAAAAGAGAUGCCUUUUACGCUAAGUUGAAGGCCGAGAAAGAAGCCGAAGAUUCUGUCUGA